AUGCUUGCCGCGACGUCGUUCGGGUGGGUGGCCAAGCAGAUCGACCUGCUGACGGGCGACAAGGCUCGAAGUGCGGUGAGCAUCGAGAACAUCAAGGCAAAGGGUUUGAAGUCGCUCCGUGAUAGCAUGGUCGAGUACAUCUGCAAACGCGUCGCCGAAAAACGAUCUGCGGCGCCGACUUCAGGAGCCGUUGGACCCAUCGACAGUGCGAUUGAUGACGACGGCGCGGAAAGUCAGACGGCGCCCCAGGCAGCAGCUGCCGACCAGCACCAGCUGGACUUGCCGGUGUCCGGAGGAGGCGACGCCGCGGCAGGUGCAGGAGGAGGAGGAGGCGACGCCGCGGCAGGUGCAGGAAGGAAGGUUCAAGAUUCGGAGUCGUCGGAUUCGGACUCAGAGUCGGAGUCGGAGGGGGAGGAGGAGGACGAGGCGGCGAAAGAGAAGAAGGUCGAGGAGGAUCACGAAGAGGAGGAGGAGGAGGAGGAGGAGGACGAGGACGAGAACGAUGAGGUGGUGGAGGUUGAGGAAGGGAAGGAUGAGGCGGAGAACGACGAGGAGGGGGUGGAGGCCGAGGUGCAGUACGAGCUGCAGUACGAAGACGGUACGGUUGUGGCGUUGGGGUCGGCGGAUGAAAAGAAUGAGGAAGCGGAGGAUGGCGAUGCGGGUAAUGCUACGAGGUCGGCAGAAGAUGGGGGGAAGGAGACGGAUGAGGUCGGCGCGGAGGCAACGACGGAACAGGGCCAGGAGGAGGCGGCAUGCGAAGGUGCGAAGGUGUCGGUCGACGCCGGCGAAGGGGCGAACAUCACGGGCAUGCAGGAGACGGAGGAAGCAUCUGGUCGGCAGGGCCCUGAACAGGUCGACGUCGAGGAACUGCUGCGGGAGAACUUGCUGUUGAGGGCGGAGAACGCUCGGCUGAAGGCGUUGCUCGAUGAGGAGCAGGCUCGGCUGGACGGGUUUUUUGGUGGGUUACGUGGACUCGUCGACCACCUGAAAGAGUUGGCCGAACAGAUCGACGACACCGACAAGUUUGCGGCGCAGCAGCUGCGAAACGCGACGGCAGACAUGUCGCAGACCAUCACGGGCAACAUCACCGGCAGCUUCGACGAAGCGUGGAAGACGAUGAAGACAUUCGCGGAACAGGCGUCGGCGUGGUUGGAGGACUUCGACAAUCCGGAGGGUCGUGUGGCAUGUGCACGCGCUGAAGCUGUCGACGCCUUGGCCGAGCACGUGGAUGGGGUGGUGGGCGAAGCGAGGCGGGGUUUGGAGCUGUACAUCACGACGCAACUAUCCGCCGCGCAGACGGUGACGGAGGCCACCCAGCAGUCGUUCGUUGCUUCCGGGAUGAAGAUGUUGACCGAGAUGAUCGGCACUGUGGCGCCUGGUCGACGCGGGUUGUCGCCGUCGGCCAAUGACGCAGAUCAAGCGCAAAGGAGGGCGGCCGACAAGCAGGGCGAGAAGAGGACGGGCGACGGAGACGACAAGGAGAGCGUGAAGCGGAGCAAGGGAUCGGACGGGAGCCGCGGCACGAAGCCUCCUGCUCAGAGCGUGGUCGAACAGCUGAAGUCGAAGGCGGGGUGGAAGGUGAUAAGGACGUCGAACAGCAAGGGAAGCGGAAGCGGGGGGGCAGAGGGUGGCCCUGCCGACGGGGUUGCCGAUAACGUCGCUGCACCGCCUGGCCCGCCUUUGGUCGCCGAGCAGACCAAACCGCAGGCGACCUCCGGGAAAGGCGUGACCGACAAGGAGGCCCCUACUUCUCAGGCGGCGAACGACGGCGGCGCCGGAACCACCAAGGGACCGUCCGUCGCGGUGACGGCCAAGGGCAAGGCGAAGGCCGCCUCUGCCAAGUCGAUUCCCCCAUAA